AUGCUGUCGAUUGAGGACAGGCUGUGUGCCAAGCAGCUUGUUGUGGUUGAGCCUGCCGUGCUUGAGUCUGCUUGCGGUUUUUGGGACGUAGAGGACUUUGUAUCCGAACUCAGUGCCGACCAUCCCGAGGAUGCAGAGGAUCUGGGCGAGGCACUGCAGGUGCUGAGGCAGCAGAAGAUCAACAGCCUGGAGCGCCUGGUGAAGCUGACAGAUGGACAGUGGCAGCGCUUGGGCAUUCCGCUGGGCAUCGAAGCCUUGCUGAAGGAAGAGGCGGAGGCAACCCUUGCUUCGAUUUCCACAAGUGCAGAUCCCGGACCGGCCCCUCCUGGCUCAUUGAUGUUGGCACAUUGGCUAUGGCUCCUCUGGCCUGCCCGAGCCCGAGCGCAGGACCCGAGCUGCUGGGAUGCCCAGUUCACGGCAGAACUGUGUUGCGACCUUCAGUUUGGUCCAACAGGCAACGAGGGCUGCUGGGACUCGGUUCACACCUUUGCGCGCUGUUGCGGAGAACCGACGCAAGUGCAGGCACAGGAGGAGGAUUGCCGACAAUCCAAGAGCUUCGACUCUGAGUCUUGCUGUGACCUUCUGAAAGGCGAUCACGGUGACGAGGCUUGUUGGACUGGCGCUGGUACGAACAGCUUCGAGAACUGCUGCGACAGCAAGCUCGCGCACAACACGAGAGAGAUGGAAGCCGCGCCUGUCAUCGGUGCCGGAUGCUGGCACCACGAAGAACACAUCACUUGGCCAAUGUGCUGUGGCAGUCGACACGACGAGCACAUGCAGCGCACCUGUUGGUCGGGAGGCUUCACGUACGACCGGUGCUGUGAUGGCUUGGUUCCCAUUCCCAGGAUCUACUUCGAGCUUCCUCGGGAUGAUGACCUCGUGCAAUGUCUGAAAGGGGCAGCGAAGGCGAGUCUCAGCCUUUCGAAGAGGCAAUGCAGCGGCAGGUUCUUCAAUCUGGCCGGAGUUGCAAACCGACUCAUGGAUUCGGAUGUUCAGCACAGCUUCUGGUGGCAAAGACGCCUGAAGAUCGACAUGCACCGUGCGGAACUGUACUCGAACAAGAGUUUGCAGGUCAUGCGUCCACGUGAUCUUGUCCACAUGGGAAGCUUGUGCGUGCCCAGCUCCUGCAGCGAAGAUGCCGUGGCUGGCUGGUUUGCAUCGAAGCUGGAGAGGGACGAGAAGGCUUACAAACCACCCAGACUCAGAGAGCUUAACCGCACCCAUGUGCGGCUCUCACCGCUUCGUGCAAUCCGACGUCCGUACCCAAGAUUCACAGGCUCUUGGAUUUCCUGGAGAAGUGAGCACUCAGAAGAUGCGAGGAAAACCGGAGGAAAGUACGUGGAGUUCAUCCUCCUGGAACACAGAUCAUGGAGGCAGCUCUGGCCGAGCCAGCAGACCGCGAUGGUACUGCUUGCUUUGGCCGUUCCUGUUCUCUUCGCCAGUGCCAUCCGAGCCGUCGGCCCGCAGGUCAUGAGUGGCUUAGCCCUCCAGACGAGCCUGGGACGUUUGUUUGCUCCCCGCCCCCUCUGUUACGACGUGUGUCGAAUUCUGACCACCCUCUUUGUGAUUGCCAUCCACGUAAAGGAUCACUACCCCUUUCCGGAGGUGACGGCAGUGUCUACGCCCUUCGAGCAGAUCGCCGUGGGUGUCAAAGCCGUCCCUGUGAAUCAGCUUGCCAUCCUACUCAUGGUCUACCUUAGCCUUCGAAGGCUGGAGCCGAAGAGCUCCGGAGUUCUUUCCUGGCUCUGGCGGGUCUUCUGCUACGCACUCCGUCGAUGGGCUCUCAUACUUUCUGUGGUUGGAAUCUGGCUUUACGUGUACCUCGAAGUCCUCGUGAAGGAUGUGCCCAUCCCGAAUCUAGGCAAGACCAAAUUCCUUGAGCUGUGGUUUUCAGAAAGACGUGAUGAGUGCUCACGGAUGGAGCACCUGCUUCCAAGCAUCUUCCUUCUGCAUGAGGCGUUCCAUUUGAAGCCUACGCCAUGCCACAACUUGGGGAUAUUUGAAGCUUGUUGGCAAGUUGAUGUGGUGACGUUCUCGCUUAUGACCUUGCCCGGGCUGUCGCGAAGCAGGUGGCUGACGGCAGGGGUGGCAGCAAUGCUGUUUCUGCCGGCGGCUUUUAGCAGCUCAGCCGUGGCCGAGAGAGGCGUGUUCCUCUUCCAGCACAGGUUGGGAGAUCUCCUGGCGCCGGCACUUGCAGCCGUGGUCUUUGCCGCCCUGCUGCCACGGGCAGAGCUCUUGGAGCCCAGGCCUGUGUCGAGGUUCCUUCUCAGCACGCUGGCCUGUGCCGUGACCUCUGCUGGCAUCCUUCUGAUAGCAGCGGCGCACUUGGGGUGGCUGCCGAAGGCUCCGCAGAUCCCGGAUGGUGUGAUUCAGAACCUGAUGGUGCUGCCUAGCAUGGUCGGACUGCUCCUCAUGCUGCGGAUGGCUGAGGCAUCGCCGCCUCACUCGAAAGGACUCUUGGGACGUUUGCUUAACGCCUUGGGCCGUCUUUCGCCCGGCAUCAACUUGUCGCACCUUUUCGUAGCUCAGAUGCACCUCGGCUACUCCGAAUCGCCAAUCCAGUGGUUCCGAGAUCUUCCGCCGUCUCCGGCACUGCUCUUCGGCGUGUCCGCGGUGAUGUCAAUGCUUGUCUUUGUUCUGGUCGAGGGUCCUGUGCAGGCCCUGGUGGGCUACGGCGGCCACAGCACAUCCCAGACAUUGCCCUCCACGUCAGUGACGCGGAUGACGACAAAUGGAGCGGCCAACGGCCACACCUCGGUGGCCAAUGGAUCCCGGUCAAUCAGCGAGGAGCAGCUCGAGGCUGAGGAUUUGGUCAGUGAGUCGGGGCUCUACCGGCGCGGCGCAGGCCGUGUCAAGAUGGAGGUUGGCCGUGAAAGCGAGACAAGGCAAGCUCCUCGAGAGAGUGGUUUGCUGGGUGACAUGGAGCUGAGCCCGCCACAGAACCUCGCAGAGCUUUGGCAUGAGCUCUUAGAGGACACUCUGCCGCCUGACAAGCGUGAGCUGCUUCAGGCUUCCUGGGAUCGCGCCGCGAAUGACAGCGAGCGAUAUAUGCUGUUCCUGGAGUACAGCAGCUACUUGCGCAAGCAGGCCGUCAGCGAGGAGGAUAAAGCAGAGACCAGGAAGCAGCUGGAGCCGCUUCUGAAGCAGUACGGCCUGCACGACCUGCAGCAGGAGCUGAGCACUUAG